GGUUGAGGUUUGCGCGUGGAGACAUUGACCGCUGUGUAUUGCUAUCGUGCGGUCAUUGCAGAAGUUGGUAUAACUAGAGAAGCAAGCAGUCGACAACAUUCAUCUCUCGAGAGGGUGUCUAACUCAGUGUUACGUUGUGUAUGAACAUAACUUAAAUUUACAUAUCCCUUUAAGAAAACUGUACAGCAAUGAAUAACAAGCAAAAACUGAGCAGCAGAUUUGUAAAAGAUAGUUAAGAACUCACCUGCAAACAGCAAAAGGAGAAGUUGUGUCAUGCUGCCCAUCUUUCCCUGACUGCCCUGUCCUAAUGUCACAGUGGUGCAUUUUAAAGUUUUCACCCAGUCCUGAUGUUCCUUGAUGAACCAAUCACAUCAUGAUAGUUUACAACCCAGUCUGUCCUAAACUGUUUGCAUGUGCAAACUUUUAGUUACUUAUUAAAUGGUCCUGCUAUUGUACCAUCAUAAAUGGUGGUAAAACAUGCAAGUUUCCAUAGAUGGGCUCUCUCAGACUCAAGUAAAAAAUCAUUGUAUUUUUGGGAAGUUUUGGUUUUUCCAAAUUCUAUCUGUCGCACAUUUUACUUGCAUACCCCAAGUUAAACAGAACUUAUGUAUAAUGUGUUACAUGUAAUAUCCUUCACUAAAUUUUGUCAGGCUUAAUGUAGUGCUGCCUAAGGGGGUCAAAGGUCACAGGCAUUGAAUGUUGGUUUUGGGCCUUGCUGCUUACGUGCAGAGAUUUCUAUAGAUUUUCUUAACUUUUUGAUGAUAUUAUUGACUGUAGAUGAUCAAAUUUGUAAAUUCCUGCAGUUGUACAUUGAGAAACGUUCUUUAACUGUUGGACUAUUUUCUCUUGCAGUUGCUUACAAAGUGGUGAACCUCAUCUCCUCCUUGCUUGUGAAGGAAUAACCCUCUCACAGAUGCUCCUUAAAUACUCAGCCUGUACACCUGUCAAAGGAUCCAAACAAAGUCCUCAAUUUUUCCAGACUUUUGUUGACCCUGAACCAUUUUUUUAGGAAUGUGUUGCUAAUAUUAAAUUUGAAAAGAGUGAAUUUUUGCAGAAAAACCGUUUAGUAUUUCAAGUCUUUACAGAGUAUUCAGCUGAAUGGUGGAAAAGGUUUUGCAUAUCAUUGUAUUGUGUUUUUAUUCAGGUUUUACACUACUUUAUUGGAAUUGGGGCUGUGUAUGUCAACACAAUAUGAGAGCUGGCCUGUUGUCUUUCUUGAUGGCUAAAUAUUUUUGUUCAAAUACAGACAGAAAACCAGCCCAAAGAGAAAAGUUCCACAAUGAAAAGGCAGUUAAGAAUUCAGGAAAUUUGCAAAGAUGUUAUUAUUGCAAUUGCAAAUUGCGUUUGCAUGAUGACAUUCCUCAGGUUAUUUCCAGCUGUGUGUGUGUGUGUGUGUGUGUGUGUGUGUGUGUGUGUGUGUGUGUGUGUGUGUGUGUGUGUUUGAAGGUGGGUGGGUGUUCGUGCAGAGGGGCUCCGGGGUGGAGCUCUCGGUGUCUGCAGACGGAGGUCUGUAGCGCAACAGUUCAAAACUCACAUUGAGCGUAAUUCGAACUGGACUCGAACAAUGCUGCACCGACGUAAGACCAUCAGAGAAAGCAGGAAACGGGUAAGUUACAGUCUCUGUAUCUCUCUUUGCAGGUCCACACUCGCCGCAUGUGCUGUGUUUCCUGCCCACAGUGCUCAGUGAAGAUUAAUCAGCAGAGCUCCAUUAAGUUCAUGUCAGUUACCUCGAAAUACUCGCGGUUAGGUUAUCACGAAUGAGGCGUUAAAAUGAGGCAGUUAUAUGCGCCUCUGUCACACGUCGUGUGUUUUUAUUGCGUGUUCUCAUUCUUAUCAACGAAAAUGAAAUUGCUCGGACUCCUCAUUUAAAUAGCAUGCAAGGGUUGAUUUGAAUACCACUAUCUUAACGCGAUAAACACAUGCGCAACCUGACAACCUGAAGGUUUUUAACUAGGCGUAUAAACCGCAGUACUAUCGACCUGAAAUUCCACGUAAGUUCAGGUGAUGUUCUCAACAGGUGAGAGGUCUACAAGAGCAGCACCGUCUCUUUCACUCAUUUUAACAUACAUACAUCAUAACAGCAUAUGAUACAUAAAAAUAAAGACACGUACAUAUGUAUAUAUAUUGGAUUAUGUUUACUUAAAUGCCGAAUUAUAAGAGUGGAGGAAAGAGUAUGCAGAAGUAAACGUGGUUUAGGAGGAUUUCACUCUUGUUCCUUACGAGUGUGUGUGUGUGUGUGUGUGUGGAGGGGUGGAGGGGUAUGUCAGUUUAAUUAAUAGUAUUAGAGAGCGUUUUCCGUUGUACUUAUAGCUUAUUUUAGCUUGGCUUUUCCCAUUCCGUUUUUGGCAUUUUUUCUUGGGAAACACUUCAGACUUGAAGCACUGCAACCCUCACUCACUCACUCACUCACUCACACACACACACACACACACACACACACACACACACACACACAAACAAACACGCACACACACGAGCAGGUCUUUUUUUAGGGUUCGUGCAUUAGUUUACAAAUGACAAUGAAUUUGAGUUUAUUUACAUGUGUACAGUAAAGCACUGUGCUUUAAUAUAAGACGCUAUAAGGCAAAUUGUACUUAUACAUUAAUCACAUAAGUUUAAACAGCAAUAUGGAUAUUAGUUACGAUUAAAAAUUAAAUUCCAAUCUUGUUUGGUUUGAUUGAUUUAGAUUAAUUCACUGUCAGAGACAAUAGCUCAAAGCUCCUGUGAAGAGUUUGUCUGAUGAUUUUUAUACUGUCUGAAGGCUGAAGAAAAAGACCUGUUUUCACAUUUUACUCACGAUAUACUUUCCCCAAAAAAGCAUACAUUUGACUGGCAAACAUUGGAAGGACUAAAUAGUUUGUCAGGAAAGACUGCUCUGACACAGGGGGCACCAAACCUCACAUAAAAUAUAAGUUUUUCACAGGAGAUUUAACAGUUUAAUGUAAUAUGCAUUUUGCUUCAAUUAGGGCUGUAAUCAACUAAAGAAAUUCGUGGUCGACUAAAACCCUGAAAUUUUCGACCAAAAAUCGACUAAUUGGGUUGGGUUGGGGGAACGCUCUUCAAUCUUUCAAUCUUUCAGUCUUCCCAUCUCCAGCCGGUCAGUGGGUUGGGGGGGGGGCGCUCUGAAAACACCCCCAUCAGCACUUCCUGAUGAAAUUAACCACAGACUGUAAACAUAUAAAAUUUUUCAAUACUGCUAGAAAAUCUGAAUAUGCAAACAUUUUUUUGAAUUAUAUGAACCUUUUGGUCUUUUCCACAAUGGGGAAAAGACUGCUGCGCAUUUCCUCAAGCGUCAUGCCAAAGCCUAAGAUAAACUUCUUGGUUGGUUGGUCUUGGUUGUUUGCACGAUAUUGUACAUAUAAACUCACUGGAUUUUACUUGCCAACCGAAGUGGAUUUGGAUUAUCAACACAAAUGCAAUUUUGUAUUAAAUCAUCAAUUUUUAGGGAUAAAGCUAAAUAAUUAGCCUAAUCUUUGCUAGCUGAGAUUAAAAUACAAGAAUAAAACAUUAUAUUUUUUCUUCCAAAAUGGGCCAUUCUGCAUUCAAACCACCUUCUCACAGUUUUCUUCUGUAAUACUUGAAAUGUAGUACUUUACCUGCAGCAAAAUUUGGAUUACAGGUACAGGUACAGUCUACAGGUACAGUCUACAGGAUUGUUUGUUGUUUGUGAUGUUGAUAAGCACUCAAACUUGGCUUCUCCCCCGGGGCAUGGCCCCACCAGAAGCUUGUCCAUGCUGCUUGUGAUGCAGUUGUAUGUUGCAAUGCGAGAGGACUCCAACCAUGUACCCAACUUCUUGUGGAAAAACAAUGAUAAGGUAUGUGGCAAAUGUAUUUUCAAAUGUGUUUUCUGUCCAUAUGGUGAUGUGUAUUUGGUAGAUGGCUAUGCUAAUAGCCAUGUUAUUAACUACAGUUAGCAUGGGCAUUUAGCCCUAAGUGACUCGUAAACAGAGAUUGUAUAUGAUGAUUCAUGGUAACAACGGAACCUUGUUGCAAUGCUUUAUUGUCUGUCAAGUAGCCAACAGCAAAAUUAGCUCAAUAUCUCUAUGUCUGGACAGGCAGUCUUUCCUCUGGACCACCUGGAGUUUGUGGCUCAUGGAGGAACAGGGCAACUGUGGAGGCUGAGCAGAAGGAGACCAGUAAGACCCGGUAAAAAUUGGGACAGAGAGAAAGGUUUCCAGCAGCAGAGACAAGCACACACUCAAGGAUUAGUUUGGGUUAACUUAUGUUGUUGUGUUUCCCCUGUCUCUUCUGAGCUGCUGUAACAGAAUUUCUCCCAGUGGGGAUCAAUAAAGUAAAUAUUAUCUUUUAUCUUACCUUAAUGUAAUAUUUUUUUACAUGUUACGGGGUAUUAAAACCAUUAUUAAAAAUUACAAGAUACAGGAACUUUUGUACCCAGUACAAGCUCAGUCAUGCACUUAGUGAAAAGUUUCAUUUGUGCCAUAUUUCCCAUUUAUUGUACAAAAUGUUUUAAAUUUUAUGAUUUUGUUUGGUGCUUUCUGUAUCACUGCUUAGAUCUGCACAGUGUGAAUUUCAUUUGUCCAUUAAAAUAACUUGAAAUUUCUUAGAAGUACAUGUGUUUAUACCAAUUUCAUUCAAAGCAAAUCUGUCAUAUACAAACACCUGUACUUCCACAGGUAGACCGCAGUUGUUAGCAAUAAAGGGCAUGUGAUAAGUGGAUGAUUUUUUUGUGGUUAUAAUUUCUGUAGUAGUAACCAUAAUGAUCAGCCUCUCAGAAAUGUAGGUUUGUUGCCUGAUCAUUACGUUUGAAUACGGACACGUACAAAUGCUCAAAAGUUGGUCCAUGUGGGCAUCUUUGUGGUGUGGUUUUCCUCACUACUGGAUCUGCUCUGGAAGUCCUAAAAAGACAUAAACAGAAGGUCAAAACUUGUGAGCCAAGCUUUGAAUCACUUUGAAUCAAACAGUCCCUUCUUCUCAAUGCACAUUAUAGGCAAAGUAUGAAAAGGAUAAGAUAGAAACUAGUAAGAAAAUACACAGCAAGAAUAUUUGGUCAAAUAUUUGAUAAUAUCACCUAGUGGGUUAUUGAAAAGAUUGACAGUAAAUAUCUUACUGUGACUAAAAGUACAUAUUUCAUCAUACAAUGCAUGAGUGGCUCAGAGUCACCGUUUCGGCCGUGUUUUUGUACACAAAGCAAUUAACUAAAAUGAAAAAUUGUAAACUUCACAAAGGGUUUUUUAGCGCAGGUGAUGCUCCAUCAGUCCUCCAGUGCUCUGUGCUGGACAGUUGAUGUGCUGCAGCAGCCUGAAACAAGACAUUGUGAUCCACGUUGACCUAAUACCUCAACUAUCAACUAACAACAUAACUAUCACUAUGAGUGGAAGUGAACCUUAGGUUCACUCUCGUCAAGGAAGAAGCUUCACCAGCUUGGUGUUUUGGCUCAGUGUAACUUUGUAUUUUCUGGUCAAACUGAUGGAUUGCAAUCAAACGUGGAAAACACUUCCAUCUCUCAUGGACCUUUUUUUUUGCCUGCCUGGCUCUGUUUCCAUCAGGGGAAUUAUAGGAGCUUUAUUUUGACGGGUAAACACCAGCUCUAAUUCAGCCCUUAGCCUUCCUCUUUUCAUCGGGACAAUUUGUCCUGUAAUUACAGCCAUUUGUAUGGAAUAUGUGCUCUGUAUGCUGUGUGGGAAGAGUUAAUCAUAGCUAAUGUUGUGUUCAAAAGGACUGUGGCAGCACAUGACAACACAACAGAAAUGUUAUUUUCUCUGUGGUUGCUGCCGUUACUGUAAUCUGUCUCUUAUGAUAAAGGGACUCUUUUGAAUAUGUGCUUGUCUCAGUGAGGACACCUGUCUAUUUAUCAUGGUGUGUAUGCAUACAAUAUCCAACCCAAACCACAUUCAAAAUCGUUCCAUGUAAAUGUGCUGGUGUGUUUGGCUAUCUGGUAUUGAUCAAACUAAGUGCUACAGUGUGAGCUUUUGUCUGUCUUUGUAUUGAAAAUGUGUGGCAGCAGGGAUGUAGACGUGAUCCUAACCUGGAAAAUCUGUUAACUAAAGAGCAGCAUGGGGAAUAGACUCCCAAGGGCAAUAAGACUGAUGGAUCAUCAAUUAGCUGAUGGCGUUUUUCUCCUCCAAUUACGCCCUCUUGUGCAAAAGACCAGUCGUUUGAAAAAGAAUGAAUAAAACAAAAGAUGUUGACCACCGUCUGACAGCUAAAUAACCAGGAUGGCACUUUCUAAAAUAAGAACCCACAGCGGUGCAAAGACACUUGCUUAGAUGUCGCAAUGAAGGUCCCUCUGUGUGUGUGUGUGUGUGUGUGUGAAAGAGAGAGAGAGAGAGAGACAGGUCUUCUGUCUAUGUGAGGGGAGUCGGGCUGUUUGCUGUAAUGUUCCUGGGACGUGACUGAGCAGCCAAUGUUGUGGCUUUUACACCUUCACAAUUUAAAACCCUAAUACCAAACAAAUAGUGUGAAAAGUCUCCUCAAUUUUUUCGGCUUUAAGAGCUAAGAAGCUAUUGAAAAUUUAAGUGGCACAAUUUUUAUUACUAUUCAUGAUUUGAAUCUUUCUGUUCAUUGUUUUUGACCUCUGUAGGUGCAUGUGCAGCUGGGAGUCAUACCUCUGCUGGCCCUGUGCUGUGAUAUCAGCUGGUGGUGGGAAAUAAGGCCGUCGCAAUGCUUUGUAAUAAGACUUAGUCUAAAGUCUGGCUGCAUUGGGUAGAGAGGAUGGCAGCCCUGCAUUGGCAGAGCUGACAGAAUUGUUUCAAGCUACGGACAGUUAAAGGUUCUGCGGGUACUUUGGCUUGAUUUGAUGCAUAGUGCCUUCUCGCUCUAUUUUCGUGCCCCCCAUUGACACAGUGGAUGGUGGCGGACCCUGCGCAGUGGUAUUUUCGUCUUGCGCACAGCCAGUUUGGUAUUUUUGUAGACUGAGGCGCACCGAGGUGGGCCAACAUGGGCGUGGAUGCGCGGUAGGGUGAGGUGUUGACAGAAUCAGCUGGCGCACUGACAUUUCGUGCUUGCCGGCGGCGUGAAUUGUGCGCUGAAAGCUCGCCGAUUUAAACCUGGUCAGCUUUCAGCGCAGGCGGAGUACAGCUGGUCUAGAGGUAUUUUGGUAGACCAGCGGUGUAGUGCGCAUACAUCACUUAUGCCUCACAGGCAGGUUUCCACAGUGUCAGUGCAAUAAAUAAUCAUCAACAACCACUAUUCAGUGCAACUAUCUGAAUAAGCACAUACAUUUAGAUCUAUAUCGAUAUAUUCUGAUCUAUAUCUUAUCUGAUGAGCGCGUUUGGCACGCGUUUGGACACUCCACCUGACUGAAUUAACACAGCUGAAACUGCAUUAAAUUAAAUAUCCAGUAAACAGUCACACAUGAUGAAGUUAAUAAGAUAUUGAAUUCGUCUCCCCGCUUAUCCUCCUUUUUCCUCACGCAGCUUGAUAGGUGUUGUGCCGUAGAAUGCACCCCUGCCAUAGAGUGCACACCCUGCAUCCCAUCCACUCAUUAGCUUCUUAAAGUGGAAGAAAAUGAUCUCAUAUUUAAAAAAAAACACGAGUAUUGGAUCAUGACAACAUGUCAAAUGGAGCAGCAAACUUUCGUUCUGUUUUUAGGUAUUUAAAAAAUGCACAUACAGAGGUGUACUUGAUUAUAUAAACUGUACAGUAAGCUGUUAAGGUAGAGAACAUUAUAUUUUCGGGGCAGCAAAUAUUCCGAAUCAGAGGGCGAUUGUUUUCAGCAUAUCUGAAUAGCCUGAAUGAAAUAAUUAAAGGCACACACUUUUGAAUCUAUCAAACGGGAAUGAAAACUUGGAUUAAUUCGCCUUGUUGUGAACUUUCAACCGCGCUCUUGUCAGGGGGUGCAUACGGCAAGGGUGCAUUCUAUGGCACAACACCUGAUGUGUCUCCGUGUCCUCUCUGCGUCCUGCUGCUGCAACGGGGGCACAGCUGACCAGAUGAUUGAUUUUAGCAAUCAGAUAAGUUAUUUUCUUCGAAACUUUAACUGAAAAUUACUUGUUUAUCUGUUUUCUCUUACAUCAUUAAGAUUCUGUAAAUAUUCAAUCCAGAGUCAGGCCCACAUACGAAUAUUUAGUUUUGUGAGCCAAAUUUAUUUUAUAUGCCAACAUUUAUAAGAGAAAGAGUCAGGCCACGGAGCGCGAUGCGUCCUUACAGGUGGUUCCGAUUUUAAUGCCAUUAUUGGAAUUUAUGUUGUGAUCUGUGCGCACAACCCACCUUUGUCAUGUGAGGUUUAAAUAUAUGCAUCACUUAUGUGAUUGUCUUUAUUUGUGAAAACGGGUGUUUGUCUUACCAUUGGGUACAACCUUACACACACCAAAUCCCUCUGUGCUUAUAUGAGACAGUGUGCAGGACACCCUCAGUAGCGCUUACAGCGACACUUGUUGAGGGGCUGCCUUCUGUCGCCAUCGUGUGGCAUUGCUGUCUUCAGCCAUCUCUUGAUCUCUUCGACUACUUUUGUAAAAUUGUAAAAUUGUAAUAUGCCUCACCGGUGGUGGAUUUAAAGGCGAGGAGAGGAGCUGAUGUUAUUGGUCAAUACAGGUCUCGUUGUGUUAAAUCCACUCCAUGCCUUCUCUCCUCCCUCGCUACAACUUACGCCGCUGGGAGGAGCUGAGUUAGGGAGGGGGGAUACUUGUGCCGGGCUGUGCCGCUCACCAAAAUAGAGCCCUUUGUGUUUGAGGUUUUUUCCUACCCUUGUAAGAAAAAAUUGUGCAUCAACCCUUGAAUAUGCUUCAUCCCAAUCCUUAGCUUUGGUAAAAUGUAGCCACACUUUGGACCUCCUUGCACGCUCAGACAUCACUGCAACUGACCAACGGACUUCUUUUUCAGACCGAAUGAGCUCAAAUGUUAUAGAUUUUCAGGUUUUGACAAGUGUUUUUAUUGGAUAUUCAAUUUGACACAGCUGUGAGACUUGUGAAAAGGUGGCAAACAAAUAUACAUUUUGAAAAAUAUUUUCAAAAGACUGAUUUUGAUAGAAUAAAAUGAGCUCGCAUUAAAAUCAUCAAUAAAUACCCUAUAAGUUUAAGAUUUAGGGCUCUUUUUUCGUGCCUCGCCGGCAACGCGGUGCAUGUGAUAUGUAGUUUGGAUUUAGUACCGAGAGCUGUUUAAUAAACUCAAAAGCUCUGUCACUCAGCAGCUAUUCUCCUGUUUUUAUCCAGUGUUUCCAUAGUCCCCAAAUGACUAUUAAUGGCACAGUACUUCAUGACCAACAGGGGUGCUACAUCUUAGACAAUGUUGACUAUUUUUAGCUGUUUACUGUGUUUUUACCAGUUAGUGUUAUAGGAGUUUGGUGCAGUUCAGCCAUCAGCACUGAUGCCUCUUACUGACGUUCACAAACAAAUCAGACCCCAUCAGUGAGAGGAUUGAUAGGGGAUGAGACUGACAAAGAGAUUAAGCCACCUGUGAUAUGCAUAUUUUGUAUUUUUACCAAUAUUCCAGAGGCUCCAAAUGCAGCAAAUCAUUUUCUGUGAUGUGCAAAUUCAUCCUGGGUGUUGAAAAGGUUCUCUGACAAGGACAAACCUUUAAUUAUUUUAUAGCAAAUAGAAUGUGAAAGGCAACAAUAAAAGCUCCAAAACACAUGCCCAAAAAAAAAAUAAAAAAUAAAUGUUUUUUUUGAAGUCCAAAGCCCUAAAUAAUUUGCAUGAAUAAGUACUAAGCAGAUUGGUGUUUGGUGUAUCGGUGAUCUUGUUGCCUUUUUACCACCAAACUUGUUUGUCCAGAGCUUUGGCUGAAAAUAUGAGGUAAUCACACAUGAAAUCCAUAAUGUUUUCAGUGAUAAGGAGGCAGAUUGAACCUGCAAUGUAACGCUAUGAUCAUCAAGAGGUUUCUCAUGAGACACGAAAAACAACACAACAAUGCAGUCAGUAUGGCACUACAGCAUGUACUGCAUUUAAAAAAUUCCCAGCAAGCCUGUAAUCUCAGUAUCUCAAAUAAACCCUUGCUUUUCACUGUUGACUUUUUUGGUAUUUCAAAUUAGCAUAUACAGCAAACAGCUAAAGUCUGGAGCCUACAGCACUGCAGAGAUGUACGUGAGGGAAUACUGUAAAUACCCAUGUGUGCAAACACACACACACACGCACACACACACACACAACACAACACUUACACAUUCACACACACACAUUUACAAUGCUCUGUAAAUGUCAUUGUUGCCUUUCAAUGUGAAUGUAAAGAGCACCGCCUCUUCAAUCAACAUUCAUUCUCCCUUGUUUGUCUUUCAAUUGCUCCGUACACGGCCUUUUGGGCCUUGUCUUGACCCGGCGUCCCCAUAGCAACAUGUCCCAUGAAGUUUCUCAUUGAGGUGACCAUAGAAGGGUGGACAAAAGGGGCAAUGCAUUCUCAGUGGACAGAACGUCUGUCUGCGCUUACUGUGUGGUUUAGAGAUUAGAAGGGUUGUCUGCACAACCUGACUGUCAGGAGCAACCUGGGGAGCGUGUGAUAAUUUGAGCAUACUGAUCAAGCUCAUGGUUUUUAUUUACACUUGUAGUGGUCACAGAGCCAGAUUGAAACAACAAAUUAAAGAGAAAAUGGGUCUAAGGUGCCUUUUAUCAAUCAUAUUCACAGAUUUAGUUUAUUUAUCUUUUUAUAUGGAUUCCUGCAAUAGAAACAAUAGAAACAAUAUGAAAAUUAAUGCUGUGCAUAUAAAUCUGUCAUCUCUGCAGUCAAUUAAUACUGUUGAAACUGAUGUUAAAUGCUUUUAUUGUGGAGAGGUUGGUUGGUGUAAGAAUGUGUUUGAUGGCAUGUGUUUUGGUUGAUAGCACAAUAAGUGAUGAACACAGACAAUGAGAUAAUUUUCAAACCACUGGAUGCACAAAAACAAACAAACAAACAAACAAACAAACAAACAAAAUAAAUAAAAAUCAUAUUCCUAACAAGAAUAGCCACACCAACAGUUAAGUUACUGACUUAAGCAGCACAGUAAAGUGAAGGUUACACUGUAGAGAAUUUAGCUGUAUUAUUCCAAAGACAUGAAUUGUGUCGUGCAGAAUUAUGCUUUAAUAAGUAUACUGAAUAGAAUAUCAUAAUCAUUUUAUUCUUUAUAAACUAGAAAAAAAAGAAGCAGCAGGUCCUCAUUGUGGAGGCUGCUAUGUUGCACUGCCAAACCGUAAAUAUUACAACUUUAUUUACUAACGGCUUUGAUCAUCCUGAUACAACCUUAGUGUUAAAAGGACCUCAUAAAUCUUUUUUUUUUCUUUUUUUUUAAGUGGCCCCCAAAUUGUAACUACGACAUGUUGGCUUUGUUUAGUAUUGCUUCACUAAUGUCAGCUUGUGUUCCAAAAUAAUGAAAAACUCAUAAUUGGUGUUUUAUAACUAAACUAUAAACCAUAUUUAUUUAGAUUAAAUAACCGAAAACAACAAUGCAGGUCAUGCCAUCUUUACUGAGUAGAAUCUUUUGGUCCUCAAUGGCCACCGCUUCCUCAGCGACAGGAAAGGUUGACAAGAAAACAUUCCAUUCUAGAAUUUUUCAGCUAGAUGCCAGCGGCGUAAGUCGUAGGGAGGGAGGAAAGAAGGCUUGGAAUGAGUUUAACACAGCCGAGACCUGUUUUCGCCAAUCACAUCAGCUCCUCUCCUCAUCUUUAAAUCCGCCACUGGCGAGGUGUAUUACAAUUUUUGUGUAGUACUCAAAGAGAUCAAGAGAUGUCUGAAGACCUCUAUGCCACAUGAUGCAUCAGAGGGCAGCCCCUCAACAAGUGUUGCUGCAAGCGCUACAGAGGGCGUCCUCCACACUCUCUCAAAUAAACACAGAUGGAUUUGGUGUGUGUAAUGUUAUACCCACUGGUAAGACAAACGUCCCUUUUCCACAAAUAAAGACACUCACAUAAAGUUGCAUAUAUUCAAACCUCACGUGACAAAGGUGGGUUGUGCGCACAGAUCACAACAUAAACACCAAAAACGGCAUUAAAAUCGGAACCAUCUGUGCAUAAACGAUGCAUCGCGCUCCGUUGCCUGGCUCUUUCUUUCAUAGAUGUUGGCAUAUAAAAUAAAUUUGGCUCACAAAACUGAAUAUUAUAAUAUUCGUAUGUAGGCUUUAAAGAGGACAUGAAACACACCACACUGGCAGUGUCACGUGGUAAAAAAAUCAAUCAGGAGAGAGUCUUAAAUUUUUUUUGUGUGUAAAAAAAUAAGCUGUUUAAUAGGAAAACUGCUUUUAAGAAUGUAUUUACGACAGGCAGCACCAUCCUGAGUUUCUGACAGUUGUGACGCCACCUGUUGUGCAGGACAAGAGCGGUGAAAGAACAAUUAGUGUACCUGACUCAGUAGCUCAGUAGUAAGAUGUCGGAGGAUGAGUUUGAGAUGGAUGUUGUGGAGGUCUAUCCUGCCAACCCAAUGGCGUAUGCUUUUGAGCUGGUCAGUAAGAGACCACGUUUUGGAGGUUGCCAUGCUCUCCCUGCGUAAAGUCCGGGGGGAGACUUUGGUGCAGCCCAUCAACAGCAGGUAAGCCCUCUGCAUUUGUGACUGCGGUCUUUCUCUCUCCCUCUCUUUCUCCACACCUCUUUCUCUCUGUGGGAAUUAUCAUAAUAGCUAGCAAUUUUGCAAUGUAAUUGCAAAAAUCUAGUCUAAGAAUGGUUGAAGUAAAAGUAUUCCCGUGUUUCAACAUGUUGAAGGCUUUGAUAGGAGAGCUAUGUGAUAUCCUUAUGAAUGAAACGUUUUUCAAACAGUUGUCCAGUCUUUCAAACAAAUCAGAGUGCUGCACAUUUACUUAUUAUAAUUGUCACCCAAGUGCAUUUUCUAAUAAGGGCCAUGUUGUGUCUACUGCUUGCACAAAUAAUCAUUCAUUGUGUCUGUGCCAUGUCCUAACUUUUAGGACAAUUUGUCUAAGAUAUUAAAUGUGGUGAACAAUUGCUGUUUUGUCAGUCUCUUCAGGUUAACUGCUUACAGGCAGUUUAGUCUGUGGGCCAGAGGUUACCUUGGGAGUGGGAACAGAAUCCCUAUUCCUGCCUGUGUGAUCUCCUCCAUUAGGGCUGAGCUCCCCUCUGAGUACCAUGGCUUUGAAUACUGGGGAGAUGACCAUUAAUGUUGGUAAGUCUUCAAGUGUGGUUUCCAUUUAGUUAUGGCCUGCUAUAAAACUAUGCAUGACUCUAUAUUAAAGAGAUAAGUCAGUUCUCAUAUUUCACUAUGAAUACUGAUUAAGGGUAACUUGCAAUUUUGUCCUCUGUAAACUGAGCAGAAUGGUAUCGGAGGUUAUGUGUUUGUCAUAUUAUUUUUCUUGGGACAGACCACAGCAGCACUACAGCUGCAGAACAAACAUGUGGCCAGUAAUGCUGCAAACUCUCCAACAAAGGAAAUAUUCUCAGUUUUAAAGAGAAACACAACUGAACUGUUGAGUGGGGGAAGUGAAAAAAUAUUUACAAUAUAUGCAGUACAUUCAACUUGUCCCUUUUGUGUCCGUCUCAUGGCAGUAAAGGUGCAAAGUGACUCAGCUGUUUUGCCACAGACUGAGACUUUUCAGGUCUCUCAACACCUUUGUGCUGGGCCAGAGUGGCUGACUUCUCCAUUUAGUGCUGGAGGAGUGCUGCACGGACGGACACAGCCUCAGCCCUGUGCAAAACACUCGGCACUGUGUCCUGACGAAAGGUAUAGUCCUUUGCUACCCUCGUUGGUGUCACUACAUAGGGCUCUAUUUUCGUUCGCGCCGGUGAGGCGGCGGAGGGCGGCGAGCCCCGCGCAGUUGUAUUUUCGUCUGGCGGAGCCCGGCGUAAGGCGAGUUUGGUAUUUUCGUGGCAUGAGCCGCACGGAGGCGAGCCGAGAUCCGCCAAGCUGGGCGUGGUGGCGUGGCAGGGGGAGGUGUCGACAGAAUCAGCUGGCGCAGUGACAUUUUCGUGCUCGCCAACGGCGUGUAAAGUGCGCUGAAAGCUCGCCGAUUCAAACCUGGUCAGCUUUCAGCGCAAGGCGGAACGCAGCUGGUCUUGUAGUAUUUUGGUAGACCGGCGGCGUAUCGACAUACGUCACUGAUGCCUCACCGGCAGGUUUCCACAGUGUCAGGCACAUUUCAGUGCAAUAAAUAAUAAUCAUCAACUAUUAAUCUGAGUCAGCACAUACAUUUAGAUCUAUAUCGAUAUAUUCUGAUCUAUAUCUGAUCUGAUGAGCGCGUUUGGCACGCGUUUGGACACACAACCUGACCGAAUCAACACAGCUGAAACCGCAUCAAAUUAAAUUAAAUAUCUAGUAAAUAUACACACAUGAUGAAGUUAACAAGAUAUGUAAUUCGUCUCCCUCCUUUUUUUUCUUCCUCUUAUUUCUCGCACAGCUCGACCUGGACACGUCUCAGUGUCCUCUGUCCGUCUUCCUGCUGCUGCAGCUGAACAGAUGAUGCGUUAUCUACUUUAAGCCGACAUACGGAUAUUAUAAUAUUCAGUUUUGUGAGCCAAAUUUAUUUUAUAUGCCAACAUCUAUGAAAGAAAGAGCCAGGCCACGGAGCGCGAUGCAUCAUUUACGCACAGAUGGUUCCGAUUUUAAUGCCAUUUUUGGAGUUUAUGUUGUGAUCCGUGCGCUCAACCCACCUUUGUCACGUGAGGUUUGAAUAUGAGCAACUUUAUGUGAGUUUCUUUAUUUGUGGAAACGGGUGUUUGUCUUACCAGUGGGUCCAACAUUACGCACACUAAAUCCAUCUGUGCUCAUAUGAGAGAGUGUGGAGGACACUUGUUGAGGAGCUGCCCUCUGUCGCCAUCUUGUGGCAUUACUGUCUUAAGACAUCUCUUGAUCUCUUUGACUACUCCAUGAAAAUAGUAAUACGCCUCGCCUGUGGCGGAUUUAAAGGCAAGGAGAGGAGCCUAUGUGAUUGGUGAAAACAGGUCUCGGCUGUGUUAAACCAACUACACGCCCUUUCACGACUUAUGGUGCUGGGAGGAGCUGAGUUAGGGAGGGGGGAUACUUACGCCGGGCUGCGCGGCUCACCAAAAUACCAAAAUGUGCUUGGGAACGCCUUGUCAGCGCGGCGGAUCUGACUGACGCUGCGCUUGCGGCACGUCUCCGGCGAGGCACCAAUAUAGAGCCCAUAGCCUCCUGCACUUUUGGAGAACUGGUGUUUGAACUGCUCCUUGCCCUCUUUUAUUUUAGCACUGGCUCUCUUCACAUUGAGGUUAUGAUCCAGUGCAGCUACCCUCAGCCUGGCCUCAAAACUCUCCCUGCUGAACUUCUUCCGCUUGGAAGCAUAUUUGGUGUACAGGGAGUGUACACCCUCAAGCUGCCCUGCGCAGAGAGAUAAAAUGGUAUCUUAUUUCAGGAUUAUUGAGACCAAAAUAAACAGUUUGCAUUAUUUAAAAAUAUUCAAUAAAAAACAGUUUUGUUUUUUAUUCCUACCUGUGUGAGUGCCCUUCGUAGUUUUCUCCAGUUUUUUCAGAAGCCCCUUUUCUAAAAUAAUUUUUUGCAGGUGCUCAAAGGCAGCAGAGUUGGGCUUGAGCCAGGGCCGCAGACUCUCCUCUUCUGGAGUGUAAGGAUGAUGCUCACAUCAGGUCAUCAUCUCUCCACAUGUCCAGCUGUGGACAUUUGUGAUAUGGUUGAGGAUAGAUGCCCACUUCUCCUUUAACCUGGCUGCCUCCCCCUCUACAGGUGCUUGAGCCAUACCACAGAUGAUUGGUUAUCAUCUUGCUCCACUCAUGCAGCUCCUCUUUUUGGGUUACUAGUAAUCUUUUUUUAAGAUUUUUUAUGAUGUGCCACAGGUCAUACUCAUGACAUUUUCUUGUGCUCCUCACGUAGGACCUUCUGGACAGAUGGGUGGCAAUCAAUAACAAUGGUAGAGAUCUGUACACCGGAGUCUUCCAUCUUUGUGAGACACCUCUGCAGACCCUUGACCUCCAGCCAGUAGCUGCUCUUGACCUCCGUCACCUUGACUGUCUCCUGUGCCACCACCAAGUCAGAUUUGGUGUCCAGAAGGUAGUAGGUGCCAAACGUCGCGCUGUGGCCAGGGCUGUCAUACAGGCAAUCUCCAGACACAACAAGUAGCUCAUCGCAUGUUGCAGCCAGCACAGCCUCAUUGUGAGUGGUCCACAUAUCAUUGGUUGCAGUAUUGAGACAUAAACCCUUUGACUGUUGAACCAUUCCCUGUUUGUCACUGUUUGCAAAUGGAUAACUUUGCAGAUCUCCAGAAAUGAAGAGCCUUCAUUUCCAGUGUUAAAGGGGCCAUGGCAUGAAAAACUGACUUUGUUAAUGGGAGGGGGGUGCAUAUCAGGGAUAGAAAACCGCUACAAUCCCCCCAAGUUCAAAAAAAUUCCAUCCAGUCGUUUUUUAGUUAUCUCCGUAUUUAGGAACUGUGUGCUCAGAGCCGGCCGUUCUGAAAACUCCACUGACAUGAUGUCAUGUCAGUGCUGGCGGGUUGAUGGUACUGCCCAUGGAGCCGCCCACUGCCCUGCCCAAAAAAUGAUCAAAACAGCACCAUUAUUCCCGGCCGCUCGCUUGCAUUGCUCCGGUUAGAACCAUGGCGAAAGUACGAUCUGAAAAAGAGGCGCCGUUUGCUCUGUUGUUGGCUGCACAAACGAGCACAAAACUCUUUUGAAAACUCCCUCGUCUGAGGAUUUGAGGACUCAGUGGGUGGAUUUUAUUUAUAAUGGGAAUGUACCAGCGGCACUUCCAGAAUAUCUGUACGUAUGUGCGCACCAUUUCACUUCGGACUGUUUUAUCAACAAGCGACAGUUCAACGCUGGAUUUGCUAGACGUCUGAAGAUAAAGAAUGGAUCCGUACCAACUGUCCGUGAUCCUACUACAACCGUGACAUCUGUAAGUGUGAACGUUUUAUUUUGACUUACUGUUUAGCCUAAAUUCCCCCCGGUGCCUCAGCACGGCCACCACGCUUUGAUAAACACACCGGAUCCGCGCCGGUUUACCGGAUCCUCCCGUAUUCUAGCCGCUCGCUUCUUAAACGACCACUCCGGCAGCGGAGGACAAAAUCCCCCUCCGGAGCAGCAUGUAGCUUUAGCAUUUACCCGUACGGCGACGCACCUCUUUUGGCUCAAAUACGGGACGUCCCGGCUAAUGCUGGAUGGUCGGCCAUCCUAUUAAUUAGCAAAGGCUUCAGAGAAGUUUUAGAGCACCAAAGUCUUACAUUGUAGCAGAGCUCUGGUUGUAUUUUUUUCUACAUUCAUAUCUUCCUCUUUAAGCGUGACCCUCCUGGCGGCUUUUAAUAAUACAUAGGAUGUGUCGACUAGGUCGCUUCAAGUCGCGUUUGGUCUGAACGCGGCUAAGAGUUUCUUCCGGAGCCUUUACCUCUGGGUCAGACUCUGGCUCAAACUGGUAGGGUUGUACGAGCGAUCUUCUUGCAGCCAUGACCGAGCCAGUGUAAACAUUAGUACAUGGCUAUCGGAGCACAGCCACAGCCCCUUCCAGAGAGACGGGUGUAAAGUGGACGUGGCUUAGGUGCAGCUCAUUUCAUUAAAGAGACAUGGCCCAAAACGAAGGAUUUUGAGUGGAGCCGUUUUUAGCUGAUAAAAAGAGCACUAAAAUAAUUGAUCCAAAUCGAAUUUUGACCUUAGGACGUCACAGACAUGCUUUUAACACACCAGGGGACUAUUUUAAGUUGUGUGAAAUUGGCAUGCCAUGGGACCUUUAAAGGUAGCUGCUGGUAUGGAGAGGUUACACUCCAUCAUUCCUCUGACCAGGCCCUGAGAGUUGAAGGUGUAGCUGUGACCAUAAAUGCACUCAGUUUUGAUCUGUAAGCCAAAUUGAUUUUAUUUUAGAUGUUUGGUCGCUGAACGAGACACUUGCCUCAACCCUCAAAGUGACACACACAGAAGAGCUUUAAAACCUCUCUGUGAGACAUAAUGCUCAUUUCCUCUGGUGAGACUUGGUGCUCUAUUUUUGUGUCCGCUGGUGUCGUGUUAGAGGGUGGCGGACCCCGCGCAGUGGUAUUUUUGUCUGGGGGUAGCCCGGCGUACAGCCAGUUUGGUAUUUCCGUGGACUGAGAUGUCCCUGAUUUCCUGGGACAGUCCCUGAAUUGGAUGACCUGUCCCCGGCAAAAGCUGUCCCAGAAAAUGUCCCCGCUUUAAGCGUUUCAUAAAUGAGAACAAAAAAGUUGCGUGUGGGCUAGAACAACUGUUUUUAGCACAGCUGGUCAAGCAGUUUUUUGGUAGACCGGCGGCGUAGUGCGUAUAUGUCACCGAUGCCUCACUGGCAGGUUUCCACAGUGUCAGGCACAUUUCAGUGCAAUAAAUAAUCAACAACAACUAAUAAUCUGAGUCAGCACAUACAUUUAGAUCUAUAUAGAUAUAUUCUGAUCUAUAUCUGAUCUGAUGAGCGCAUUUGGCGCACGUUUGGACACACAACCUGACCGAAUCAACACAGCUGAAACCACAUUAAAUUAAAUUAAAUAUCAAGUAAAUAGACACACAUGAUGAAGUGAAGAUGAAACAAGAUAUUUAAUUCAUCUCCCCCCCAUUUCUAUCUUCGUCUUAUUUCUCGCUCAGCUCGACCUGGACAUGUCUCUGUGUCCUCCCCCUGUCCUGCUGCAGCUGAACAGAUGAUUUGUUUCAGUGAUCAGAUGAGUUAUUUGCUUUAAGCCCACAAACGAAUAUCAUAAUAUUCAGUUUUGUGAGCAAAAUUUAUUUUAUAUGCCGACAUCUAUGAAAGACAGAGCCAGGCCACGGAGCACGAUGCGUCAUUAUGCACAGAUGGUUCCGAUUUUAAUGUCAUCAUAGGGAUUUAUGUUGUGAUCUGUGCGCACAACCUACCUUUGUCACGUGAGGUUUGAAUAUAUGCAACUUUAUGUGAGUGUCUUUAUUUGUGGAAAAGGGUGUUUGUCUUACCAGUGGGUCCAACAUUACACACACUAAAUCCAUCUGUGCCUAUAUGAGACAGUGUGGGAGACGCCCUCUGUCUUCAGACUUCUCUUGAUCUCUUUAACUACUUCCUGAAAAUAGUAAUACGCCUCGCCGGUGGCGGAUUUAAAGGUGAGGAGAGGAGCGGUCCUGAUUGGCGAAAACAGGUCUCGGCUGUGUUAAACCCACUCCACGCCCUCUCUCCUCCCUCCCUACGACUUACGCCACUGGGAGGAGCUGAGUUAGGGUGGGGAGAUACUUACGCCGGGCUGCGCCGCUCACCAAAAUACCAAAUUGUUCUUGGGAACGCCUCGUCAGCGCAGCAGACCUGACUUACGCCGCCGCUGGCAAAGCACAAAAACGGAGCCCUUGGUCUUAAGCAUCACUCACACUCUUAUCACUCAUGCUUUCUCCAUCACUCAUUCUGGAGUCCUCAUCAUCUUCUGCAAAGCCUGUGUCUCAUUUCAGAGACUGCACCGUCGAACGGCGCAAGUGUGCGUGAUGUCAUCACGCGGUGCGAAUGGUGUCCCAUUUGGCUCGAAAUGCUGAGAGCGCUUAAAAUUCGGUCUCAAAACAACACUAACCCCGCCCCUUUUUCAAGCGUGCAUUUAUGCACGCUUUCGUGGCCUUGGUAUCCCAGAAUUCUUUGCGUGCUGCUGCACAGCUGUGCAUUUCGGGUGAGAAGCUGGACUAGGUUGGAGACACAGCGCGUCUUCAAAGAAAAUACAAGAAAUCCAAAAAAAGCAGACAGUCAGCUCAGACUGUAUGAGAGCAUGAUCUCUGAACUCACUAAAAUCUGCAAACGAAACAUUAAACUCUUUAGAGAUUAACUGAUCUGUCUGCUACCACAAUUAAAAACAUUAGAAAUAAGAAAGAUGACAAAACUACAGCAGAGUAUCAGGACCACUUUGAGUUUUUCUUUUAAGAUUUAGAGAUUAAAGUUGUAAAUUUAGGAGAAUAAAGUCAUAAAGUAAAUAAAGUCAUAAAGCUGCUUUUGUGGAGGGGGAAAUGACUGAAGCUGGUCAUCUGCAGAGUUAUCAGUGGAUGUAUCAGCGGGUCAUUCAGAGAGUUUUUGUGGUUUCUAAAGAAAUAAUCCAACUGGUGAUCAACAUUUGAGAUUCAGAGGGAGUUGAGCUGCGACAAGCACCACAUCUCUGACACCGGCGGUAGAGACAGAGACAGUAACAGAGACACUAGACAGUAACUGCAGAGACACUAACACCUUAUUAUGGCAUAUGGAUUCAUAACUAAAGCUCAAUGUCAUUCACGGCUAUUUACCGCUGCAUUGAUGGAUUUAUCCUCAGCAUAUCCAUUUCUGCCUCUACAAAAGCACCGAUUUCCUGCAAGUCCAACUGUUUUUUUCCCUGUGGAAAAGAUGUAUUUCUGACAUGUUCUUUUUUAAGUCUUUAUACUUAUGACAAUGUAAUGCUUAUGUGCCAAAGGAUGAAGUAUCUCCUUGUUUGUGAAACCUUUACUGAAGCACAGCUCCUUCAAAUGCUCUAUGGCCCUAAUUUUAACAACUCUCCUUUGAAAUAACAGGUUACUUUACAACUUUAUUCUCAUGAAAUUAAUUACUUUAUUCUCAUAAAUUAAUGACUUUAUUCUUGUAAAUUUACGACUUAAAUCUCGAAGUCUUUCAAAAAAAUUCUCUAUAUGGCCCUCAUACUCCUUCAUACAAAACAUGCAAUCACUGGAUAAAUUUUGUGGGAAUGAUCUGUGCUUGUAUGUACAGUGCAUCCGGAAAGUAUUCAUACCACUUCACUUUUUCCACAUUUUGUUAUGUUACAGCCUUAUUUCAAAAUUGAUUAAAUUUUUUUCCCCCUCAAAAAUUCUAUACAGAAUACCCCAUAAUGGCAUAGCAAAAAACUUUAUUUAGAACAUUUUGCAAAUUUAUUAAAAAUAAGACGGUCAAACGUUGCAUAUACAUAAGUAUUCACACCCUUUGCUAUAAAACUCAAAAUUGAGCUCAGGUGCAUCCUGUUUCCACUAAUCAGCCUUAAAAUGUCCCUCCAACUUGAUUGCAGUCCACCUGUGGCAAAUUCAGCUGAUUGGACAUGAUUUGGAAAGCCACACCUGUCUAUAUAAGAUCCCACAGCUGACAGAGCACGUCAGAGCACAAACCAAGCCAUGAAGUCAAAAGAAUUGUCUGUAGACCUCUGAAACAGGGUUGUAUCGGCGCACAGAUCUGGGGAAGAUUACAGAAAAAUAUCUGCUGCAUUGAAGAUCCCAAAAAGCACAGUGGUCUCCAUCAUUAAGAAAUGGAAGACGUUUGGAACCAUAAGGACUCUUCCUAGAGCUGGCCGCCCAGCCAAAAUGAGCAAGCGGGGGAGAGGGGCCUUGGUCAGGGAGGUGACCAAGAACCUGAUGGUCACUCUGACAGAGCUCCAGCAUUCCUCUGAGGAGAUGGGAGAACCCCACAGAAGGACCACCAUCUCUGCAGCACUCCACUAGUCAGGCAUUUAUAGUAGAUUGGCCAGACAGAAGCCACUCCUCAGUAAAAAGCACAUGACAGCCCGCUUGGACUUUGCUAGAAGGCACCUGAAGGGCUCACAGACCAAGAGAAACAAAAUUAUCUGGUCUGAUGAAACGAAGAUCGAACUCUUUGGCCUGAAUGCCAAGCAUCAUGUCUGGAGGAAACCAGGCACCGCUCACCACCUCGCUAAUACCAUCCCUACAGUGAAGCAUGGUGGUGGCAGCAUCAUGCUGUGGGGAUGUUUUUCAGCAGCAGGAACUGGGAGACUUAUCAGGAUCAAGGGAAAAAUUAAUGCAGCUAAGUACAUCGAAAUCCUUGAUGAAAACCUGCUCCAGAGCGCUCGAGACCUUCGACUGGGGCAACGCUUCAUCUUCCAGCAUGACAGUGACCCUAAGCACAUGACCAAGAGGACAAAGGAGUGGCUUCAGGACAAGUCUUUGAAUGUCCUUGAGUGGCCCAGCCAGUGCCCAGACUUGAACCCGAUUGAACAUCUUUGGAAAGACCUGAAAGUAGCUGUGCACCGAUGCUGCCCAUCCAACCUCACUGAGCUUGAGAGGAUGUGCAAGGAAGAAUGGAAAAAAACUCCUCAAAUCCAGGUGUGCCAAGCUUGUUGCAUCAUACACAAGAAGACUGGAGGCUGUCAUUGCUGCCAAAGGUGCUUUGACCAAGUAUUGAGUAAAGGGUGUGAAUACUGAUGUAUAUGCAACAUUUGAGUGUUCUUAUUUUUAAUAAAUUUGCAAAAUGUUCUAAAACAAUGUUCGCUUUGCUAUUAUGGGGUAUUUUGUGUCAAAUUUUUGAAGGAAAAGGGGAAUUAAAUCCAUUUUGGAAUAAGGCUGCAACAUUACAAAAUGUGGAAAAAGUGAAGUGGUAUGAAUACUUUCCAGAUCCACUGUAUCUAUUGUUUUGUGUCUGUGCAAGGUUGCACAAUUCAAAAAUAAAUGCUGCACUCCACAGCUUUUUUUCAAGUCAGUUGUGACACAAACCUGAGUGCGGGGGAAAUUUGGCGACUCAACCAGGAAGUCCUCCGAAGGGUAGUCUGUUCCAUUUCACAAAAACCGGACCAUCUCAUUCAGGGAACUCAAGUCCACAUAAUGGCAGUGCGCUCAGCUAAGCGCGCUUAAGUGCUCAGCCUGAUGCAGUCUCUGAAAUGAGACACAUGGCCACAGUCACUUAGCAUCUCCUCCAUGUUGCCCCCCUCAGAUCCCGCCAUCUUCUCAUUCAGCAGAGCUUCAGCUUCAAAUUUGCAGCCACUGGAUAACUUUGAUUCAUAUUAAUUUUGGAGCAAUGCAUUUCUCUUGUGUACUUAAUUGUGAAACUAUUUAAACAAUAAAGUUGAAUUCAAUUAAAAAUUCAAAGAAUUAUUUGUUAUUCAUAUAAAGACUCAUUUAAGAUGCCACUUGUGUUACUGAUUACAGAUCGAAGGGAUGGCGAUGGGGUUAUAAAAUAAGUCUCAAAAAUGCAUAUGAAAUUAAUUAAAGGAUUCCUGCAUGUACCUUGUUACUAUCAUUGUAUAGGCUACAAUAGGUUGUAUCCAAAUUUUUAAAAAAUGACUUAUUUCUGAACAAAUGAAUCCAGAUGUGCUGCAGCAGUCUUCAAAUUCCAGACACAUCUGGAUUGAUAAAUUGGUCCAAUGAUCUAAGGUAAGCGAUAGAGAGAAAUUAUUACUGUGGACAUUGUAGAUGGGCUAAAUACAUGUUGUUAAUUGGGUAAGUUGUGAGAUAUGUUUGUGCUUGUGUUACUGUCAACCCCUGCUGCUGCACCUCUUAUGUUGGGUGAUGGGAGGUGGAUCAGAUGGCAAGUCAUGAGCACAUGACUAUUAUUGGGCGACAGGGAUAUUUAUGAGUUCACAUUCUGUCAUAGCUGUCAUAGUUGAUCCAUAUAGUAGUUUCCUCCCUCUGCUGGGCACGCCGACGGCUUCUUUCUUUAUGGCUCUCAAUUACUUCAGGGCAUGUGGAGUGGGAGGGGCGAUCUGUAGUCCCUGCACUGUAACACGAAAAGUCAAACAGAGAGGGGACGGCCUCAGGGUUCAGUCUGGUCCAAUGAGAUGCCAGUGCACCGGUCUCAUCAAAAUACCUUUCCUCCACGCAGUCCUCAGCCAAAAAGUGCUCGCUGCACAGUCUUGUGUAUAUGCUAACAGGUGGAUCCUGACGCUUCAUAGCUGCUAGCCAGCGUUGGAGAAUCACUGGCUGUUUCAGUGGCAAAUGAUGAAAAUGCAACGUUUUUUUGUUUCUUACUGUUGAGAAACAUGCUUAGACCUUUGUCUAUUAACAGGAUUUUUAGCAAGGGCAAUUCCCUGGUUGUCCUCAUAUACAGUUGUUUUUGUGUACUGGUAAUCAUCAAUAGCCUCUAGUAACUGCUCUAGAUAUAAGCACUCUUGUAAUGUAGAAGUCAAAGCCGUAUAGAUGGAGAGCGCAACCGUAGGCUGCUUCUUAAUUUUCCAAGAGACUAAAGAGCUGUUAUGACUGAGUCUCACACAGUAUUCUGUGGUGUUGCGUCUGUCGCUAGCAUCAGAUGCCUAAUCUGCAUCACUGUAUGCUUGUAUGCCUAGCUUCUGACUAUAAUCUCUAUUGAAACUCAAACCCUUUUCAGAAGUGCCUUUGAGGUACCAUAGAACAUGUUUCACAGUGACCCACUGAUCCUCUGUAGGCUCAGCAAAAUACUGUGAUAACCUGCUUACCAAAAAGCUUAAAUCUGUUCUGGUACAGGUAGUCAGAUAGAUUAGGCUUUCUACAGCAUUUAACUUCUCAGUUGCUUCAAAACUUCUUAGCUUAGUCUUGAAAUCUGCAAAUGUGAUCUUAUCCUCUAAAUGUGCCACAUGUAUUGCGAAUGGCUUAAAACUUUCAGGCAGUCCUUUUAAUACCAUGGCAACAAGUAGUCCAACUCCCAUCGUCUCACCUGCAUUCCGCAGUGCUGUGAUGGAUGUUUCUGCUCUGAUGAUAUAGUCUGUCACACUUUCAUCUGUCCCCUUCUGAAGCGACGUGAGCACAGUGUACAGGUUGAUUAUCCGUGGUGUUCCCUUCCCAGCAUAAUAUUCCUUUUAAUAUCUUCAGAGCCUUUCUUCCAUCAUUGGGUGCAUCUCUCAUGAUGAGCGAGAGGCUUUUGUCAUCCAGCCUCUGUAUCAGCUCGGCGAAAGUGUUGGCUCCCCUAGCACGGUCUUCUUUAGUCCCAAUAAAAGGAAAUAUCCGAGCAUUGUUGUUUUCCAUAUCUCAUACUUUGCUUCAUCUCCAAAGACAGUCGAAGUGGCCUGCUUACUGCUCCUCGAUCCAUUUUGCUGCUGCCACUGUUUCAGCCGGUUAGCAGUAGUCAUUUGCUCAGCUGUUAGAAGUAGCUGUUAGCUCACUGCUCCUCUUCAUUGGUUUUUAUUUUAUCUCCUGAACAUUUUCUGGGCCCAUAACCUGUUAAGAUCAGCUUUCUCUUCAGUGAUGCAUUUGGGGGAAUGAUGAUGAGAUGAAUUAUUUGUUUUAGCCCAAAUGAAUGGCAAGUUCAUUCGCUGGCUGCACAGAGAGCAGCCGCUUCUCUUGAUUAACAUGAACAGCACAGGUGCACUCGGCAGGAUGUGACAUCAUAGAAUGGGUUAUCACAUUGACAGGUAUACAAAAAUAAGUAUCACACCCCACAUACCACUCAGUACACAAAUAAAGAGUACAUCACAGCAUUACAUAAAAUGAGGAUACAAAAUAAAACUGUCUCUUAACACUUAAGUUGUAAAAUUGGUUGGAGCAGCCGGGCGCAAAGCAAAAUACCCCUCCUCUAGUGAGUUUACUCGUCUUUGGGUUUUCGAUUCGCCAUAUUAGCCAUCCUAAUCUGCUCUCAUUCAAUCAAUACACGGGCUACAAAACCGAUGAUGUUACGCGAAGUGGCACUGCUUUACGGUUCCCCGCAGUGUCGCAAAAGUGGAACUUCUGUCACAAUUUUUUAGAAAUGUAUUACAUUUUGAGAGUCAUGAAUACAGUAAUUUGUGAAGUCGAGAGGCAUUCUUAAAAAAAAAUGAUAACUUGGGUCAGUGUUUCAUGUCCUCUUUAAGUAAAUAUCUCAUCUGAUCACUAAAAUAAAUCAUCUGUUUAGCCGCUGCAGCAGGACGGGGAGAAGACACAGGCACAUGUCCAGGUUGAGCUGCGUGAGAAAUUGGAGGAAGAGGAAGAUAGAAAAAGGGGGAAGACAAAUUAAAUAUCUUGUUAACUUCAUCAUGUCUGUGUAUUUACUAGAUAUUUAAUUUAAUUUAAUGCAGUUUCAGCUGUGUUAAUUUGGUCAAGUUGAGUGUCCAAACGCAUGCCAAACGUGCUCAUCGGAUCAGAUAUAGAUCAGAAUAUGUCUGUAGAUCUAUAUCAGGGGUGGGCAAUCAUGUGCCAUGGAGGGCUGAGAGGCUGCAGGUUUUCUUUCCAACCCAAAACUCCACCAGGUGAUUUUAUUGAUUACCUUACCUCCAAGUAGAGAGCAGGGACUAAUUGGUGAAAUCACCUGGUGAAAUUUUGGUAAGGAAAGAAAACCUGCAGCCUCUCAGCCCUCCAUGGCACAUGAUUGCCCACCCCUGAUUUAAUGUAUGUGCUGACUCAGAAUAUUGGCUGUUGUUGAUAAUUUAUUGCACUGAAAUGUGCCUGUCACUGUGGAAACCUGCCGGUAAGGCACUGAUGAUGUAUGCGCACUACACCGCCAGUCUACCAAAAUACCACUAGACCAGCUGCGCUCCGCCUGCGCUGAAAGCUGACCAGGUUUGAAUCUGCAAGCUUUCUGCGCAGUUUUUACGCCACCGGCGGGCAUGAAAAUGUCACUGCGCCAGCUAAUUCUGUCGACACCUCCCGUGCCGCGCCACCACGCCCAGCUUGGUGGAGCUUGGUGUGCCUCAGUCUAUGAAAAUACCAAACUGGCUGUGCACCAGGCUCCGCCAGACGAAAAUACCACUGCACAGGGUGCGCCACCCCCCGCCAUGCUGCCGGCGUGCACGAAAAUAGAGCCUAAUGUCAGAAGAAAACAUAGACCACUAAGGAUUUAUCCAUCAUAAGACAGACCAAUAUCUGACAACCAAUAUAUUGACUGGGAUUGAUAGGACAUAAUUGUUUAUUGACAGGAUCAUACGAUUGUGUGUAUGUGCAUAUUUUAAAGUUUAAAGCUGCUCAGGUCACCUGACAGUAGCAGUGUUUACAGGGAGCAUAAUGUUCUGAGGAAACUUUAGCAUUAUCUCUGACAGCAGCACUGACUGAGAAGCUCUGAGUGAAUAAACGCUCUCUUUCCUGACUAGCAGCAUGAAUUUGUCAUUAGGAGUAGUUUGUCAGUUAUGAGCUGCUAUAGAAAACACAGCGGCGCAAUACAGCUGCCUUCAGAACAAAGACAAGUAAAAUAAAAUGAUAAUGAUAUUCUAUUCAGUAUUAAUAAAUUAAACAUAUUUCUGCAUAUUAAAUUCAUUUUUAAUGUACCUUUAAAUGAAAGCAUCGAAACCCCCCCCCCCAAAAAAAAAAUGAAUAAAUAAAUUAAUAAUAAUAAUAAUAAUAAAAAUAAUAAUAAUAAUAAAAUAAAAAAUCCCCUUACUCUUCUCUUCUUGUCAUCUCUCACCUCUCCAUGAGUGUGUUUAAGUCAAGGUUGGAGAAAACAUGGCUCUGUUAUUUUCUCUCCGUAGGUCAGAGCGUUGUGUUCCCAGCUGAGCACCGUUUAUUAUCCCUCGCUCUAGGGGGUUGAGGGUGUGCCUGGGUGCUUCAUGGUGGUCAUUAAAUUGCCACUAUGGCCGUAUAAACAAGUCUAGUGUUAAUAGAGCUAAUAUGUUUUGUUUUUGUUCCUGUGCUGGCUCGUUUUUGUUGUGAUGGGAGGACGGUUGUUAAGUUGAUAAGUAGUUUAAUAUUCCACAACUGCUGCUGUGAGCCGGACCAAACUUUUUAACUUUCAGCUGCUGUCAACAUCAUGAUGAGAAGCAGUCAUUUUGAGUCUACACCUGCUCUUUAAAAAGGUCCCAGUCAUGUCUUUGUUUCUACAUCCUGCUAUACUUUUGGAAAUGUGCAUAAUCACCAUUCAGCAGAAGGAUGGAUAUGACUAAGAGCUGAAGAGCUAAGUGACCAUCAGGUUGACUCAACCUGGCUCAGCACAGUAACACUGGUGCCAUUUAACAGCUGUUUGAAGUUAAUCAAGUUCUACCAUUAUCACGCCUUUGUACUCACACAUUGGGCCCUGCACCGGUGUCGUAAUGGUGUACAUGAGAAUGAUUUCACAUCGCAUUAUGGUGUUGCAGAAGCAUGAAAGCCACACAGCAGAAGCUCAGCAUACACACACUCAGGCAGGCAUACUGUAUGAACGGAGUGUUAUCCAUCCUUUCCAGCUCCAGGGCUACACAUCAUUACCAUAUCCCCCAAUAACACCACCUAUGAUCUGAUCUGAUGAUCACCUAUGUAGGUGGGUGGAAUAGUGAUGGUACACCCUUACCCCACUGGUACACCUUUGUACAUUACAUGUUGCUAAUUAGGCAUAACAGGGGUGCAAAUAGAGCCUGAAUGAAAAGGGUUUGUUGAAGCAGUUUGCUGAAUCAGACUUGUAUCUGUUUCUCUUUUGACAAAAAAACUUGUAUCCAACUGUAAAUAAUGAAUACAUUCUUUUUUCAAAUACAGGCUCUGUUCUGUUUCCGACUUUUCAAAAUCAGAAACUGCAACUAUUAGAUGUGAAUGUAGUCAUGGUGAUUGGUUUGAAGCCCCUCAGCAGCAGUUACUAUAAAAAAAUGCUGACUCAACAUCACUGUACAUCCACUAAGAGGCAACCUUUUAAGUAACUCUAAUAUCUCUAAAACAAAUAUACACUCUCCUUACAGUGGGUGCUGUGAGAGAACUAAGGUAUCAGACCAAGCUUGGCUUUAUACAUGUUCUUUUUAGCUCAAAAAAUAGGCUUGUUAAAUGAGUGUGUAUGUGGUUUUCGGUGCUUCUGCAGCCAGCCUUAAAUGAACACUCAAGGAGGUGCAAUUUUGUCACAUUUCCACAUGGUUUUAUUUCUCAAGAUCUGAGGGUUUCUGCCUGUUCUCAAUACUUCCAUACAGCCAACUUGUUGUAUGUAUUUUGCUAUGCUGUAUUCACACAGUAAUGUGAACAAUAACAGAAGUGCUAUAUUCAGAUAUCAGCAAUAUCAGUUAAAACUUGGUCUUAAAAUGAUGAUGUGCCCUCAAGAUAAAAUGUGAAACUAGCAAACUCUCCUUUGCCUUUCAGGACUGUUAAAUUGUCGCUGAUGGGAUCAGAUCCACACUUUUUAGCCCGUGAUCCUCAUUGUCUCCAUGGAGCUCAUUCAAGCCACCCAGGUUUCUUUGCUGCCUCAGGAAGCCACUGCCACCUGGAGCAACAACUCGAGUUUCCUUCACCCCCAUGUCCUGCUCCUCUCCACCCCCUCUGAACCACCUCCGGGCAUCAGUGAGAGUGACGGCUCCUUACUUUUCAACAGCACCUGCCAAAACUGCACCAAUUCCAAACUAGAGUCCCUUCCUGGCCUGGCAGGAAUCUUCAUCCCUCUCAUCUACGGGAUAGUGUGUGUAGUUGGCCUUGUGGGGAACACUCUGGUCAUCCACGUGAUCGUCAACUAUACCAAGAAUGAGUCAGUCACCAACAUCUACAUCCUGAACUUGGCAAUUGCAGAUGAGCUCUUCAUGCUGGGCCUACCCUUCUUGGCAGUGCAGAACGCUCUCCUCUCUUGGCCCUUUGGCUCACUGAUGUGUCGCGUGGUCAUGACAGUGGAUGCCAUCAACCAGUUCACCAGCAUCUUCUGUCUGACUGUGAUGUCAGUGGAUCGCUACCUGGCGGUGGUGCACCCAAUUCGCUCCUUCUGGUGGCGGCGCCCCCGUGUGGCAAAGGCCAUCAGUGCCACGGUAUGGGCAGGGUCCUUCGUGGUGGUCUUGCCUGUGGUGGUGUUUGCUGAUGUGCUGAAGGAUGAUGGGAACUGCAGCAUUGUGUGGCCUGAACCAGCAGAAGUUUGGAAGACAUCUUUUAUUGUUUAUACCUGCACUGUGGGUUUCUUCUGCCCCCUGCUGGUCAUCUGUUUGUGCUAUCUGCUGAUCGUAAUCAAGGUACGACAUCAACAACCACAAGAAUAUGUUUCUUCUUGAAAUGGCUCUGUUCUUUCGCUCUAGCAGUUAAAAAAUAAUUUAGUGAGUAGCCUGCUGUGUAAAUAUUCUUACAGGUAGAGUCUGUAAAAAUGGAAACAAAGAGCAACAUCAAGCAGUCAGAUUCUCACUAUUCUUGAUUGAAAUGCUCCCUUACUCACCCCUGGUGGCCUUUGAGGACAAAAAGCUCCUCAUAUGCGUAUUUAGCAGGAUCCUUCAUUUGUCAAACUUUUACCAUCAAAAGCAUCAAUCGAAAGAAAUAACUCAAUAUAAAAACAAGUGUUCGUCUAGUUUGUCCAUUCUGUGCCAUGGUAGGAAUAUGGUGGUGAAAGAAUUUAAAGGCAAAAUGUCACAUAUUUACCAAGCUUGUUUUGCUAAAUAGUGCUGAAUACUACUACGUGUGCCUAUUAAUCAUAUACUUAAACACAAUUUUAAAGUAUGUCCAUGUUAAGGAGGUAAACAAACUCAGUAAUAAUGAGGUUUGUGGGUCUGUGUUUCCAGUGUGUAGUAUUUAAAGGGGACCUGCCAUCAAAAAUGUAAUUUUGUGUGUUUUUGUGUCAGAUAAGGUCCAUACUAUGUUCGUCUUAUGUUGUAAAUGUGAAAAAAAAAAAAACGUUACGUUGUUUGCAUUCUGUAAAGGUUUAAAAUAAAGAAACGGGGUAAACCAGGCCAAUUGAAAAAGCAGGUCCUUCUGACGUCACACUGACCUUGCUCAUUAUUAUUCAUGAGCGCGUCCUCGGUGAGCCGCGCCCACUCUCUCGUUCUCGUACUCAUUCACAGUCAACAUCACUCUCCAGCCAGAGCGAGACCCAGCUACCACUGUAUCCACUAUGGGUCUUUUCCAAACAACCGGUGUUUCCUUCGGUUCACUGCCGGGAAAAUGAAAAGCUGGGCAGAAUGAAUGAAAACAACGCUGGAGAUCUCCAGCUUCUUCUUCAACUUCCACCUCCUCUUCGGACUCAGGGUCUAAAAUAUAUGGUUUAAUACCUGCCAUUUUUAGCCUUUAGCAUAAGGUGACCAGACGUCCCCGAUUUCCGGGGACAGUCCCCGUAUUGGAUGACCUGUCCCCGAAAAUGUCCCCGAUUUAAGCGUUUCAUGAAUGAGAGCAUAAAUGUUGCGUGUGGGCUCGAACACCGGUUAUUACAAUAGCUGAAUAGGUAGGAAGCACAAGUAAGCAGUCCUGAACAACAGUUUUUAAGGGGGUUAUUACAAGGGGCAUGCGCUGCUACUAAAUAGUACCGAGAUGUUGUCUGUGAUCACACAGUCCCUGCAGCCCCUGCACCCACCGCCGCCGCCGCCACACCGAAUAUCCCCGGAUAUCAUUACAGACAUCUGGGCACCUUACUUUAGCACACAUUAGCAAAAUGGAUAAACCAAAAUCUGAACCUCCACUGCUGAGCCAAUCAGAGCACAGCAGGCUUCACAGCAGCGAUCCAAUCAGAGCAAAGCUCAUUACCAUAAAUGUUAAUGAGCCAAAAUCAGUUGGUUUUCCUGUAAGGUUUUUUAGGCAUACUAAAACAAACCAUCAAAUAACUUUUCAGCUAAAAUUAUGUUGCAAACAUGAUCAGAGGACAUUAAGGAUUAUGAAAAAAUGAUAAAAAUAAGUAUGAAAUUUUGAUGGCAGGUCCCCUUUAAAUGUUGGUAUGUGUGUUUGACACUUUUUUUUUUUACCAGUCUGAAGUCUAAUGGGUAAUGCAAAAGUAAUUUUGCAAACAUCCUACAUGACCACUAUUGUUAAUUCUUCAAACAUGUUUUCCGUCAAAAUUUUGUCACGUUGUUUUGGAGGAUGAGUUAAAUCUCUACAAUACCCAUGAGCCUCAGUUGUUAUUGGCUUAAGGAGGCCAACCAGUGGAGUAUAUUCAAAUAUGAGCAUUCAGCAGACGAAGCUAAUGCCAUAUAUUUGUCGGUUUGGGCUCAGUUCCAGCCUGUGGCUCUUUUCCCACACUACUCCCUACUGUACUACCCUUUUAACGGUCCUGACCUCUCAAGAAAACAAAUGACAGAGAUACAAAAAGCCUAAAAUAAAUGUUAAAAAAGCUUGUGGAUCUUGGAUCUGUGGACUGCAUAGUGAAUCUAGGUUUGACUCAGAACACAAAACAAAGUUGAUUCAAUAGAAUAAAAAUUAAAAAAAAAGGUAGGUUUUGGGGGUCUGGUCUCAGAGGAGCUCUAAGCUACUGUUUCCCCUGUCUGUUAACUACUCUAACUGAAGCUGUUAACCCUCUUUUUGAACAGUACAUCACAGGAUUUAAAGCCUGAUGACCAGCUGUUUAUCAGAAUUAGAAUGGGAUUUUAAAAAGUCUCAAAGGGUUUUCAAGCCGUUGAUUUCAGAAGGGAGAGUGUAACAUUACCACUUAUGGAAAAUUCUAUCAUGUAAUGCAGCAGAGAAGCUCUUUAAAUCAGUACCAGCUUUCCUAACCAGCUGCUUUAAUGCUGUACUAAACACAAGUAGUCUUUGUAAUGGUAUUGAACUCUGUUAUUAUCACUAAUGAUGUUGGUGGACAGCAAUAAUGAAGCAACAACUGCACAGAAAUAAUUACACUGUGCCAGAGUUAUGUUGUGAUUCUGUGGGAAACAGAGAAAACGUCCACCCACACCAUCACAGCCCCUUGAUCCAUUGCCAUAAACACAAAGAGUAAACUAAGGAUAUUCUAUAGGUGAUAAUCAACUUUCCACAGGAAUACUUCAGUUUCGUACCUGAUGGCAAAUAUAGUUUACAUGAGUGUAAUCCACGAGAGAUAAUCAAGAGAGACUGGCCCUCAUUUAUCAAGCUUGCGUACGGCAGAAAACUUGUGUACACCUUGUGUACGAAAAUUUUGACGUGAGGAUCGGCAUUUAUCAAUCUGCACUUGAGCAUACGCUACGACCAAAUCUCACGACAGGUCUGACAUCGUGUACGCACGUUUGAGUCAGUGUGGAUCUGCGGUGCAGCAAAUGUCUGUCUCAAAAUAAUUGAUAUACAAACCUGUCAUUAAGCACAAUCAGCCAGAUUUCAUUAAAGAUUAAGAUGUAAAUAAAAUAAAAUAAAUUUGUUAUGUCCUUAGUGAAUAGGCCCAUUUGAUAACUCUGCCCAGAAAUACUGCCACAGAGCAGGAGCGCCUUUUCAACAUUGCGCACACACGCACACGGGGACGUUGUUGUACACUCCUGAAAGGGUGUGGGACAUCAUUUGGGUCAGUUCAGUUUUGCACAAUGUUGCACUGGCGAAUGGAGUGCCGUUGGCUGUGCCGGUGCAACGUGAGGACCUGAUGCCCGGAGAACAAUAACAAGGAGAGACUCCACAAAGGUGCUGUACAGAGGAGACAGGACCUUAUUGAUGGAUUCUGACAUGUAAAGUAUAUGUUUAGAAAGUGCUCUUGCUAUUUAAUCAGUGAUAAAAAUCCAAUAGAAAUCCAUAAAAAUGUGCCUCAGGGGCAGCAACACACCGUUAGGUGAGGUUAAUAAUUAUUUUUGUUCAGCCUCUGUCAGACUCUCCAGUCUGCUCUACAUUACAAAGACGCAACAAAUUAAAACUAAAUACUUUCAAUAAUAGGAGCAGCGUACCCUUUGUCAUGGCAAUAAAAAAAAAUAUGAAGCAUGUAGCAUAUGAAGCAUCUUAUUGACUAAUGAUUUAUUCAAACUUCAGCCACUGUCCGCUAUUCCGCGGCAGCGCUGUUCACCGCCACCAUAAUCCUGCUCCAGACAGGAGUUUUCUGGACUGCUUUCAUACCAGUUUUGAUGCUUCCAAAGAGAAAACCCUUGUUAGUUUCCACCACAGAUGUGAGGAUAUCCACUUUAAACUCGGAAAAGUUUAGAAUCUUUCUAAUAUUUCUCCUCUUUCAUGUUUGACCUCAGUGGGUGAGGCUUCUGAAUCACAAAUAUUUAAGGGCGUAAACAUGUUAAUGACGAUCGAUUUCAGCCGCCGCAUUUAUCAAGACCCGAUCAUACGUAAACUGGGAUUGGUCAGAUAUGAACCCUUUCAUAAAUCUCAUGUGUCCCAUCGUAGGAUGAAUCCUGUGCUCAGAUGUGCACUCAGAUCUGCGCAAGCUUGAUAAAUGAGGGCCACUGUCUCUCAGCUGGCCUGGGAACACCUUGGCGUCCCCUGGGAAGAGCUGAAUAAAAUGGCCAGGUAGAGGGAAGUAUAGUCUUCCUUGCUUCGGUCGCUGCCCCUGCGAUUUGACUCCAGAUAAGCGGUGGAAAUCAGAAAAAACAUGCACACUCAAAAUACCUUUAGAAAAAUUAGAGGUGCACGUCCACAAAACGAAAAAAAAAUGAAGAAAAGGCCAGCAACGCUUGUUUUUUUCGUCAGAUUAUAUUUUUAAUGACUUACUUGUAUAGGCGCUACACAGACCAGUUUCGACUAACAAGUCCUCUUCAGUGUGAGUGCUGUUCAGUGGGCUGUUAUAGUCGUGCUUUUUUAAGUGGAUGAUAAAAAGUUUUUGUUUUACGGGUGAAAUUACUUGUUGACACUCAAGGUGAAACAGUAUUGCUUUUUCUAUCAGUUUUCAUGCACAAUUAAGUUGAGCCACAGCUGGACUACACUGGAGUGCGCACAUUUCGAUUGAGCUGUAUACAUACAAAAGACAGUCGAUCCUUAACUACAUUAUCCAGGUAUUUCAGUCUGACUAAGAUUAGAAGAACUUUAUUCAUCCCCAGGGGAAAUUCAAACUGCACUCUGAAGAUUUUGAUGUCAUUUUUGGACUUGAUACCACAGACAAACAGUUCCUGUGAGCAAGUCUGAUCUACUGACAGUUCAAAACUAGACUUCAUCUACCUUUAAGUUGUGUUUCCACUGACCGAGGGUUUCAAAAUGUUUCUACGUGAGUGAGGUAUAUUUUUGUCUUUUGAAGGAAUAUAAAACAGUGUUUCUCCCUAAAGGUACGCAGCGUUGGAAAACGGGCGCAGGCUACGUCCUCAAGGCGCAGGAAGUCAGAGCGUAAAAUCACCAGGAUGGUGGUUGUAGUGGUGGCCGUGUUUGUCCUUUGCUGGCUGCCGUUCUAUGCUCUGAACAUCGUCAACCUUCAGAUGGUCUUACCUGGAGACUUCAGGGGGCUCUACUUUUUUGUGGUUGUGCUGUCUUACGUAAACAGUUGUGCCAACCCAAUAUUGUAUGGAUUUCUGUCUGACAACUUCAAGAGAGGUUUCAGGAAAGCUCUGUGCGGAGCUUCACGGCGGGUUAAGAACAACGACAGGGCUGGUACUGAUGUGCAGAGACCUACAGAGGAGUUGGGCGGCAUUGCUCUUCAAGUUCAAAAAAGUGAUGGAGUCACAAAUACACCAGGAAAGGAUCCUACUGAUAAAGAGGAGGAAACAGACGAGGCCAUACAGAUGAAGGAAAUACGCAAAACGUCAGAGAACAGGAACUGCAGCAGAGAAACCGAGGAUUCAAGGACACAGGUUGUGCAAAGGGGCAAGCCAGACCUUUUUGGGCAGAGUGCCAAAUAUGGAGACUCACCUGAAGGAGGACCAGACUUGAAUCAUGCAGAGGCAGAGUCCUCUGUGGCGAGUAAAAGUAGAAACAGCAGAUCACAACCUGAAGAAACUCUGAAUAAAAACUCUGUCCUGGAAAUCAGUUAUCUGUAG